UUAGACGAAGCGAGUCUCCAGGUCGGUCGUGAGCGCGUUUCAGCAGAAGAGAAGCUAAAAUCGGAGGAUUGAGACAAGUUGAAUUCAGCGGGAGAAGCGCAUACGGACAGGUGCGAUGGAAAGCCGAAGGUGAUUAAGGAGAAAAGGGACGAAAAGGCGAGACGAAAGAAAGAAAGAGAGAAAAAAGAAAAGUCAGAAGGAAGAAAAGAGAUUUAGACUACGUGAGAUGACGACCUUCUACCGCCCGGCGUUACCCCCGCGCGCCCCCUGCAAGUCGGCCCCCUCGCCCGGCCCCCGCCCCAACCACCACUACGCCGACGCAAGCAAAGUCAUCAGGAACUUCAGCCAAGCACAAGUCCCCGAGAAAGGUGUCGAGAGACCGCCCAAGCUCGACGGUCCAAAGAGGAGCGGCAAAAGUGGGCGUCGCGACAUGAAGGCCGGGAGCUCCACCGAGUCCCUCUCCCAUGGGCAGCCGCCCCUGCCGCCCCGCAACGACAAGUACCCCCCGCCGCCUCCAGCUGACCCCCGACCUGUCCAACUCUACGUCGAGCCGAUGCCAUUCGCUAAGAGUAACACUGCAGGGCCCGUCACCAGCCAAAAGCCAGCGGUCCCCGUCACCAGCCAAGUGCCAGACAAAGCCGCGUCAACGGUAUCGGACGUAGCCCUCAUCCACGCGUCCGAAUUCCGUGUCGUCGACUACCUCACCGAUUUCUUCCAGCGGCUGAAUCCUACGAGGGAGAAAUGUCACAAAAUCAGCGUGAAGGCGUGCUGCGUCGAGGGCCAGGCGGCGGGGGGGAGAGGGAGAGGCAGAGGCAAGAGUGUCCUGAAAGCUGCAGGAAAUGCCCGCGUUCAGCUCGUCUUGAUCUCGGCUAACUUCUUGCGGUGGUGCGGCGAUACCCUCGUGUGCAGGAGUCUCAAGGGCGUCUUGGAGCCACGAAGGGUCCUGUGUCUGCUGCUGGGCGAGGUGGACGAAGCCAGACUGAGGGCGCCGCAGCUGGCAGGCCUAGGCUCCCCCUCUACCUGGCGAUGCUUCAGAUUCGAAACCAUCAACCUGGACUCAAUUUCGGAGCUUCUGGAGGAGAUGGUGCAGGUGAUGGAUUUCCUGGCGGCGCCUCCCCACCUCCCGCCCUCGUCCUCCUGCGGGCCCUCCUUACAGCGGCAGGGGCGUGGGCGGCAGUUGCGCAGGCAGGAGGAGCAAGCACAGUUCCACGUGAUACCGAGUCGGCUGUCAUGGGAGCAAACGAGUCUGACGGUCCUGCUCGAGAAGGAGGCAGGACACGAGAAAGGCGUGAAGAUAAGGCUGGAGUCCGAACAAGGGAUACAUGCCUACGCUGAUGGUCUCCGCUUGCUCAACCCUUAUGCCGUGAGCUUCGAAAUUCCUGAUAGCGUCCGGCUGACCUCUGGGAAGCUGUCGGUCACGGUCUCACUGUUCGACGUGAAUCUUGGGACAUGCAAGGUCAAGGUCGAGACGAGGAUCGACAACCUGAAGGGGAUCUUAGAGUCGUUCACGUACCCCUUGGAGGUCAUGUCCCUGACCAUGGGCGUGUCGACCACCAGAGGAGACCUGGACGACCACCUGGCGGAGCUGCUGAAGGGGCGCGUGCCACCCUCCUCGUUCGGGCCGAGGGUGUCCUUGAAGACUGGCCUCGAAUACCCUUCCUGGACUCACUUCAGCGCCGCCCACGGACUGGACGCGCUCACUUGGACCCUGUUCGACUUGCCUGGGGGAGUCGCCGCCCUCACCAUCCCCAACUGCAGAGGCCUGACGCCCCGCGACCUCGCCCUCGCCAACGGCUUCUUCUCCCUCGCGCAGGGCCUCCAGAAGGCAGAGUUUCUGACGGGGCUGGACGCCAUGGUGGACAGCGACCCCGAAGGAGAAUUCGGCAACUUGGUGAAGCUCCACCAGGCGGACGAGAAGCCGCCGCCUUACCGCUCCUCAAGCCCAAGGCUCAUCCCGGACCCGCAACCUUCCUCCAAGGAACCUCCAUCCUCCGGCCCUCCGUCUUGGUCUUCGUCAGCGCCGGACUCGCCCUUCUACGCCGUCGGGAAGCCUGGCAGUUUAGUCGCCUUCGUGUACCCGUCGACGUCGCCGGCGAAGGAGAGAGGCGGUCAGAGUGGCGACAGGUUGAGUCCGAGUCCGGUGCUGUCCCUGCCGUGCUGGUCGCCAGAUGUGCACGGCAGCCGAGACGUGGCUUCCCUGCUGUCUGCUUGGAGAGCGAGGACGAGUGGCUCGAAGACGUUCCUGAAACGCCACCACGCCCUCAUCCGCCACGCGAGACGGGUGGUGCGGGCGGACGUCGUGAGGAGCCGGGUAGGCAGCCCCAGUAGGCGGUCGCCAGUCAGAGGAGAGAGCGCUCUGGGCACGAGCCACAAGCAGGACGCGACCGACUCCUGGGCCAAGACGCCAGUGGAGAAAGGAAUUUACCCGAACUUACUCGAACAGUUUUGGAAUGCGCUGGAGGCCUGCCGCCAAGAGACUGCCUCCUGCGUCGAGAUACGCGCCCCCUCGAAGCCCGCCGAGCAGCACAGCGACGGCAUCCAGCAGAACCGCCGCGGGCGCGUCCAGGGCAGCGGCAGCGGAGAUGGCCUCCCUAACAUCAGUCAAUCGGAGACCGCCCCAAAGCCAUACCAGCGAAUUCCCAGGCCUCCACCGCGGCCAGAGGAAAACUACAUCAGCAACAGCGAAAUCCACAGCCCGACCCAUGCAGAGAUCAUCAUUAACAGCGUCAGAGAGAGGAACAUCGUGAAGAAAUCCACGAGCUACUGCAGCUCCGCCUUGAGGCCCAAGAAGUCCUUAUCGCAUUCCAUGCAGAACUUGUCAGACACGGGGUGACCUGUGCCCUCCUUCGUGAAACUCUUUCGCCUCGGUUGGAUAAACACGAUAUUUCGUGUGGUGUUCUGAAGGCAGAUGCUUUAGGUAUUUCAGGGUUUGGAGAGGGAAAUAAAAAGAUAUGUUGUUAAAAGGUUAGAUAGAUUUUGGGUUAUUAAAAAAAGUUAGAUCCGUAAUGUAACAUUAAUCAAACAUUUUCAAUAAACGAGGGAUGAUAUUCAGUUUUCCAUAUUUCAUAGUGUUCUUUCUUGUCCAGUACGGCAGUGAAAUCAUGAAAGAUUUAUUCUAAUCAGUUUCAUGGUGAAACGAAACAGACUAACUGGAAAAGGGUAAUUUUUUUUUAAAUUACGAAACUUGCAUAUUUCUUGUUGAUUUUAUUGUUUCGCAUGUUUCCGAUCUUCAUUUCAACCUCAAACCACCAUUUCUAUGAGUAUGGGUACCAACCGCCGCGAUCACAGCAUUAUGCACGGAUUUCAAGUUUCAAAGUUCCUCACUUGUUUCUCUUAACAGGGGGCUUUGCCUUCUGUAAUCCCCCCUCCCCCCUAUUUUUAUAUCCCGCCUGAGAUAAAUCUUCACCUCUAAUGUAACAUGGCCACAACCAACACCCGCCUGAUAAUCAGAAACAGUAGUAAAGAAUAAGAAAUAUCUCCAUUAUUAUUUGGUUCUUGGGAUAGUUAUAGAGAAGAAACGUUUUAGAUUGAUGUGUUUUAUCUAUAUCCGGAGCUAAAAAGAGGCAAGUAACCUGAGAGAGAUUCAAUUGUCACGUUUCAUAUCAGACUCGACUGGUCAGAUGGAUAUAUUUUGCCAUUUUGAUUUAACCGCCUGGUGAGUUUCCAUGACGGGAACUUUUACUUAGACUUUCUAUUACGUUGAUCCCCCUCAAUCCCUUGCCCGUUGUUGUCGUGGGGGAGGGGGGGGGGGCUUAGGAGACACAAACAGAGGCACAGUGAUAGGGAUCUCUCCUCCCUUAGGCCUCAACACCACUACUUCUGCCCCGUCUGUUCUUCUCCCGUCCUUCUCCUUAUCUUCCCCAGUUCCUAAGGUGUGGGAGCCAUGUUGAAAGGAAGGAAGGCUGACUUUGUGCCAGUCAUGUAAUGCCUCAGGGAGCCAUGGCCACGGUAUUCCCUUGGUUAAUUCGUUAUUUAUGUGUGAAUGUGAUGUUGAGGAGCGCGGAAAGGGAUAGCACACAAAGAAGUUCAACGAAGUGGUGGCAAAUAGAUCUAAAAGAAUAUAAGAAAGGAGGGAUUCAUUUCCUACAUAUGGUAGACAGAAAGGUUCUCAAAAUCAUUGACAAAACGUAGAGCCCGAGGAGAUGGUUGAGAAAAUUAUGGAGACGUGGUUAAGAACUGGUUUAGGAGCCCCUGUAAAAUACUCGUGUGACAAUAACGUAGAGUUUGCCAACAAAACAUUCGUGGAAAUGUGAGAGAACAUGAACAUUGAAGUGAUGGACACAGCAGCAUAUUCUCUCAUCAGUAAGGGCAUUUGUGAACGUAGUCAUGCAAUUAUAGAUGAAAUGGUGAUGAAAAUAAUGGUAGAGCAACCAAAAUUGUCUUUAAAAGUGGCUUUAGCAUGGGCAGUCAAUGCUAAAAAUUGUCUUUAGAUGGCGGAGUAUUAACCCGUAUAUGGACAGAAUCCUAAACUGCUACAUACAAUGAGUGAUUUCCCAGCACUAGAAGGUACAACCUUAUUGAAAUGGCUGCUAAACAUAUCAAUGCUAGCCAUUCAUCAAGAAAAGCCUUAAUUGCUGCUACAACCUCUGAUGUGCUCGAAGACACACAGUAAGAACCACUGCUAAGAGUCCUUUAAAGUGGCGAUCCAGUCUGUUUUAAGAGAAGAGCAAAAGGAAUGAAAAGGACCAGCUACAGUCAUUGGUCAAGAUGGAAAAACUGAUUUUGAAAUAGGAUUCAAAUAGUGUACAUGACCAUAGAUGUCUAGCACAUUUAUUUUGCUUUUAACCAUUAACCAUUAACCAUUCAAAUAGUGUAAGAGCCCAUGAAACGCACAUUCACCAAGUUCCAUACAGUUUUGAUAGAAAUACUGAAGAAGGAAGAAAUGCAUUACCUGAUAUGGUGAGGCAGAAAAGGAAAAAAGGUUAGGAGAGAGAAGAAUGAGACAGUAGUCAUACAGUAUUAGUUUCCAUGGGAAAUAAUGUCGAAAAUUAGAAUUGUAAUAAAACAAAAGAGGACAGUGUAAUUGUCAAGAGUAUCCCGAAUAUUGGACAGAGUAAGUUCUUACAAAAAGAGUCGAAUGAAUGGCAGACAGUAACCAUGCAUAGUCGUGCUGAAAAAAUCUGCAGGAACAUAUAGUUGUUGGAGGAAUUUUGACCGUCAAGAUGGAUGCAUGUCAGCCAUCAACUGAACCAAAGAACCAGUAUUGGAAGAGUAUGAAAUGCAGAAACCCGGUGAAAAAGUCAUGGUUUCUGAAAAUACGAACUGGGAAAAGCAAAACAAGAAUUGAUAAGCUGGGGAAGUUAUGGUGUAUAUGAGAAAGUUCCAAACAUGAGUCAAAAGGCAUUGUCAGUUCGAUGGGUAGUGACAAAGGAAAAUUGUGAUAAGAAAAAGAAAAAAGGCACGGUUGGUUGGCUUUGCGGAAAAGGAGGAUAUUCAGAUUCUCCCCCUGUUAGCAAGAAAGUGUUGAAGCCUUGUGUUGCUUUUACUACCUUCCUAAAAGUGGGCAGUAAAUUCAGUUGACAUUAAGGCUGCAUUCCUACGGAGUGAGAGGCUAUUGAAGCACGUUGUGAUGAUAGUGUGUUAUGUAAUUUGAAAAAAAAAAAAGUGUAUAUGGUCUUAUUGAUGCAGUUAGGUAGUGGUAUCAGUGAAAACUUUCCUGUUGAAGACGGGAUGUACUGAGGUGAAAACUGACCCUGUUGUAUUCUUUUAUCAUUAGGAGACUGAUGCGGCAUGUUUUUAUUCUAUGUGGAUGAAUUCUUAUGGGGACGAACAGAAAUCUUGGGAAAUGUGGUCAGUACCCAAAUCAGACAUCAUUUUCAGGCUAGAGAGCAAAGUAAUACUAACUUUCUGAUAUAUUGAAUUUACAUAUUGUACAGAUUGAACAAGACGUCACUCUGCAUCAAAAAGAGUACUGUAAAUCCUUAGAAUCCAUAAGUAUAACUGCUGUAAGAGGAUUAAAUAAAAAUAUGGAGUAUAAUGUAGAAGGAAACGAGAGUUUUAGGAGUCUCUUAAGCCAAUUAGGAUGGUUAUCUACUAAUUCAAAACCUGACUUAGCAUAAGGUGUAUUGGGGCUUGGCUGUAAAGUAAAUAAUGCCAAAAUACCAGUUUUCCUUAAUGUUCCUCUUAACUUGUUUGACACAGUACUCGCCAUUCCAUCCAAUUCCCCUACGCCCUUUCCUCUGUUACUAAUCUCCACCUUACUUAGUUUGCUCCCCCCUCUCUACUCUUUCCACUACCAUGCUAUCUUAUAAUGCUCUAUAACCUCUGACAUCUGAUACAUUUUAUCCUAAUCUUUGACUUAUUGUUAUCCUUUUUCCCCCACAAUACUUUACCAUACUGCUAUACGACCUUUGAUGUCGAGCACAUUUCUUAGUUUUAACCUUUGGCCGUUAACCAUUAAUCCCAAAGUAGAUCUGAGUGAGGCAAACAAGUAGUUAAGGAAAGCUUGUACUUUUGAUUGCUCUGCGUACUUUCCAGGACUUGGUGACAUUUGUAAGCACAAGUUGGUUGUAUACAGUGAUGCUCCUUGUACCAAUCUCCCUGAUGGAUUUAGUAGUGCUGGGGGCUUUGUGAUUUUUCUUGUGGGUGGAAAUGGCAACAGUUGUCCUCUAUACUGGGAGGCAAAGAAAAUGAGUGUUGUGAAAAGCACAAUUUCUGCAGAAUCACUAACAGCUCUUGAGGCAGUGGAUAUGGCCUAUUAUCUCAGAAAUAUGUUUUGAUUAUUAUAUGAUUAUGAUAUAAAAAUACUUGUGGAACCUUUCAGUUUAUGAUGAUGUAUACUCGGUGAAAAUGGUUUCAGAAUAGACAGAAAAUUUACAUACCUGUUCUCAGAGAUGUUUCAAUGUAGAGAGUUUAAAGAUAUUCUGGGUGGAUUCUAAUGCACAGUUAGCAGAUGUGCUGACAAAAAAGGGAAAUGAACUCCUUGAAAAUAGUCUUUGUAAUGAUAAAGUGGAUCUGAGUUGUUUUGAUUUGAAGGAAAGAAAGUGUUUUUGCAUCCAUAGUGUAUAAUAUUUUGUAACAAAGCCUUUCCUUUUGAAGAGACUGUUAAUUUCUUUGAAAGUCAUUUGAUAAUAUGAUUGUGUUCGCAUCCAUAUGAUGUGCUGUAUUGUGUUGUUACUUUGAAAGCAGUUUCUUUUGAUUGAAAGAGGAGUAUGUGAAUCACGGUUGUCCUGUUGCGCUUUGCGAGCAUCACGAGUUUGUUUUGGUAAGGAUCGCGGUCUCCGUGUACAGGUAUGGAUAACUUCGACACUAUUAAAGCAAAAACAUCGUA